CGCCACACACCCACUCCUCCCCCAAGGAGGGGCAACCCGGGCCCAAAAUGGCGGCCGGCCGGUACCGCCGUUUUCUUAAGCUCUGUGAGGAGUGGCCAGUGGACGAGACCAAACGGGGCCGGGACUUGGGUGCUUACCUGCGGCAGCGGGUAGCACAGGCCUUUCGGGAGGGAGAGAACACCCAGGUUGCGGAGCCCGAGGCCUGUGACCAGAUGUAUGAGAGCUUAGCACGACUCCAUUCAAACUACUACAAACACAAGUACCCUCGCCCCAGAGACACCAGCUUCAGUGGUCUGUCCGUGGAGGAGUACAAGCUGAUCCUGUCCACAGACACCCUGGAAGAGUUUCAGGACAUGAAUAAAGGGCUGUGGAAGAAACUGCAGGAGAAGUUUGCCCCCAAGAGCCCCGAGGAGAAGCAGAAGGCCUGGGCUCGGGUCUUGACUCGCCCCCCAACCUGACUCUGGAGUCUUGUACGUUUGUCAAUAAAACCUCCUGACAUCUCCCAGCCUCGCUCGUGCGGCCCUCACCGAAAGGAAGGCACUUCAGCCCACGCAGGGAUGCCGAGGGAGCGUGUGGCUCGAGCAGAGGAACGUGGACCCCAGCGAGGCCUGAGAAGGGUCACAAGGUGCCUCCCGCACGGCGCCAGGAGCCGCCUGGCCAGGGGUCUGCACCAGCACGGUUCUCAGGCUCUUGUUACGGGAGCCGCUGGGUGAAAGCCAAGGGCAGCAGUAAAUACCGAAGAAAAUCGAAAAUAGCAGGGAGGUCAGGAUGCGAGGACUUGCGUGGCCCCCGUCUGCCCUGACCAGGACAGCACGUGGGCCUCUGCCCCAUGUGCCAAGUGGCUGAAGGACAGCAGAGCCCAGGCUAGGUGUGGCCUCAGCCCUCAGCAGGUGCCAAGGAAGGUCACGGCAGAGGCGCUGUCCAGGGACACAGCCAUGUCACUGCACAGAGUGCCCGCUCCGAAAGCACUGCUGGGUCAGCCCGGGGUAGGGCCGACGAGCCCUCGGCACACAGCGGGAGGGGCUCCUGGACACCUGGGUGCUGUCACAUACAUGGGAUAAAACAGAGGACUGCAGCGGGACCCGGUCACACUGAAAUGCAGUCUGUCCUCGGAGCCCAGGUGGCAGUCAUGGGACACAGGUCACAGCACCACCCGAGCGCCAAGCCAGCAGGGAAGAGCACGUUCUGUCCUCUGCUGGUGAUGAUGGUGCCCGUUCAUCCCCCUCGCAUGGGGAAGUAAAGAAAACAGCCCUCCGUGUACUAGAUCUCUAUUAAUUUAUUUAAGGCAACU